AUCUUCCCAAUCGGAAACGUUAUCAUCUUUCAACCCCAAAGACAUCUCUCUCUCUUCUAUCUAGUGUCUCUUACCCAUCACCUCCCUCUCUUCUCUGUAGAAACUCAGAAGGACUAUAAGGAAGGGAGCAUUAGUAUACGAAUAAACGAUGGCCCCUGACUCUCCUUCCGACGAAUUGGCCACUCCGAGACCCAUUCGUUCGGUUAAGUUCGUCUCCAACUGUUUUCUCUUUCCGGCAUUUCUUCAAACGCCUUUUUCUCCUCCUCCAUUAUCUCCUUCCCGACCUUUGAUUUCGAAGCCAAACCACUUCUCAGCAAUUCCUGAUUUUAUUCGGGUCCUACGAACCUCCAUCUUCUUGACAGCUGAUCGAUUUUACAGAACAUUAUCUUCUGCUGCUGCUGGUAAUCCCAUCUUUCAGAAACUCCUCUCUUUGUCUGCCGAUUUCCGCCACUUCUCUCAGGUUAAUUGCAGAAAUUAUAGGAAUUCGGACUCCCUGUCCAUGCACAAGUUUGCAGCCAUUUUACCUGGUGAUUCAAUUGCAGAGAUUGUAGCGACUAAUGGUAUCCUGAACUUCUUGAACAUCUAUAACACACUGCUAAUUGUCAGGCUUGUUUUGACCUGGUUUCCUAACUCUCCUCCGGCCAUUGUUAGCCCACUCAGCACUUUGUGUGAUCCUUACUUGAACAUCUUCCGUGGGAUUAUCCCACCUCUUGGAGGGACGUUAGAUCUGUCUCCAAUACUAGCAUUUCUGGUCCUGAAUGCCUUUACCAGUGCUGCGGCUGCUCUUCCUGCUGAAUUACCCAUUAAACAAGAAUCUCAUGAAGGUGUUUCUUCAUCAAAUCCAAGGUUUUCCAAUUUUACUACAACACAGAAGAAGUGGAUGAAAAGGUGCUUGGCAAAACCACGAUGAGCUCUGUGGACCUCAACUUGGCUAUUUACCUGUCUAAGUUGGAGAUUUCCUUAUUAAUCAUCUUUCUUAUGAAUCCCACAUCUUCUGGAGAUAAAGAAGGUACAUAUUCCUUGUGUAUUCUUUUAAAUCUUUAAAUUAAAGGCCAGUAUCUCCCAGGUGCUAAAUUGUUUUCAAUGGGGUGCCAUAUAAAUGUUUACCUUCGCCUUUAUUGUCCUGUUACAUGAUGGUGGUGACUAUGUAGUAACCCAAACUCUCAAGUUGUGCCACAUUUCGUUGUGUUAAAUUUGUUAAAUUGAUUGACGCACAA